AUGGAGACGGACGAUGAGGCCGGCCGGGGCAACCUGUUGGACGACAUGCCCCCAAUCAAUUGCAACACCACCCAAAACGAGGCCGUCACAACGGGGGACAACGAUAUCGGCGACAUGACCUUCUGUUUGGGCAACUACGUCCCCGACUUCAUGAAGAUGCUGUUCACAAUGAGGUCACAUCACAUGCUGACGGACGUCGUGCUCGAGGUAGGCAACGAGCUAUUCCACGUCCACAAAGUUGUCCUCGCUGCCGGCAGCCCCUAUUUUAAGGCAAUGUUUACUAGCGGCCUGAAAGAGAGCGAGAUGUCCCGGGUCCGAUUGCAAGGGGUGUGCCCCUCGGCCAUGGCGUGGCUGGUGUACUUUAUGUACACGGGCAAAGUUCGAAUCACGGAGGUCACCGUCUGCCAGCUUCUGCCCGCUGCCACGAUGUUCCAGAUCUCGAACGUGAUCGAGGCCUGCUGCGCGUUCCUAGAGCGACAGCUGGAUCCGUCAAACGCCAUCGGCAUAGCCAACUUCUCCGAGCAGCAUGGCUGCGUGAAGCUGAAGCAGAAGGCGAACCAGUUCAUCGAGAGGCAUUUCACGGAGGUGUGUCGAGAAGAGGAAUUUCUACAGCUGACGGCUCCGGAGCUCAUAAAUAUGAUAAGGAAGGACGAGCUAAAUGUAAGGGAGGAAAGGGAGGUGUACAACGCAGUAUUGAGUUGGGUGAGUGGAACUGAUUUAAUCCAAUUC